CCUUAGAGAGUUCUAUGACAAGAACUUAAAGCAGCUAUUGCACUGGCUAAUGAGUUCUUCUGAGUCAUGAAUAAAAGUUAAGACUUUUAAGUUCAAGAAAAGGGGAGCAAAAACAAAGGCAAGCAAACAACAACCAACCCACCAAUCAUUUUGGCUUAGCUAACCCACUCUCUUCAUUCCCAAGCAAAGUCUUCUGAAGAAUAAGACAGAAACAGCUAUUAAAUUUGUACCAAAACCCACUAGUUUUUAGCCAAUUUGGUCCCCUGUGGUUGCUCACAACUCUCUGCAAAACCAUGGUUCCAAAAAUGCUGGUUCUGUUUCUCAUCAUCUUCCAUGGAUCUCUGACCUUCGCAUCGGAUCCCGAUCCGGUAUUCGACUUCUGCUUGCCGAGCGAGACUCAUUCGCCGUGCAAGAACUCUUCCCUGGCUAAGGUAGAAGACUUCAUUUUCUCUGGCAUAAAGUUCCCUGGAAAGUUUAUUAAUGGAUCUGGCUUUUCAUCCAUAGCUGUUAAUUCGAACGUGUUCCCGGGUCUUAACACGCUCGGAAUGUCUAUGGUUAGAGCGGAUUUUGACGUUGGAGGCGUCAACGUUCCGCAUUUUCAUCCUAGAGCUACUGAAGUGGCUGUUGUUCUUGAAGGAAAGAUAUAUUCUGGGUUUGUGGAUACCAGUAACCGGAUAUUUGCUAAGGUAAUUGAGAAAGGUGAGGUCAUGGUGUUUCCUAGAGGCUUAGUUCACUUCCAAAUGAAUGUUGGAGAAACUCCAGCAACAAUUAUAGGGAGUUUUGACAGCCAAAAUCCUGGACUAAUGAAAAUUCCAGCUGCUGUUUUCGGAUCCGGGAUCAAAGAAGAUCUCCUGGAGAAGGCUUUCGGGUUGAGCCCCGAGGAGCUCGCAAAGCUGAAAAAGAGGCAUGCUUCCCAUUCAUUAGGCUAGAGCUUUAAGGUUGUUGUUUCAGUUAAAUCGACAGCGUCGAAGAAGCUCGGAGAUGUCUUCUUCACAUCAAUGACAUUAUUUAUAUCCAAAAGUUUGGAAUUAUGUUCUCUUUGGCAAUGAUUUACUUUUAUUUAUCUUGUCC